AUGAUGCUCGGCGCUCUCGUUCUCACUGUUGCCCUCUCGCUUCAGGUCUUGGCCGCUCCUACUCCGAUUGAAGUCGAACAACGGGCGGACUCAUCUGUCACCGUCAUCAACGCUGCCACUAUUGCGUCUUAUGCUCCGUACACCAACUUUGCUGCUGCCACCUAUUGUCCUGGGGUUGCAGAUUGGUCGUGCAAGGCUUGUAAACGAGUGCCUGGCUUCAUUCCUUAUGCUACAGGCGGAAAUGGAAAUGAUGUUCAGUACUGGUACGUUGGAUGGUGGCCAUCAGGAUCGUCGGUUGUGGUUGCGCAUGAAGGGACAGAUCCGACUCAAUUCCUGUCCGUCUUGACUGAUGCCAACGCCUUCUUUGGGACUUUGAGUACAUCCCUUUUCCCCGGGGUUACGAGCGCGGUACAAGUACACUCGGGAUUCAGAGACGCACAUGCUGCCACGGCGGCAACUAUACUUGCCGCAGUAAAGAAAGUCAUAGCCGAGAGGUCAGCAACCAAAGUGACACUAGUUGGCCAUUCACUUGGUGGUGCACUUGCAGCACUUGACGCUUUGUAUCUUAAAUUGAACCUGGCUUCGACCAUCGCCAUCAAGGCCGUGACAUAUGGACAGCCUAGGGUCGGAAACCAAGAGUUCGCAGAUUUGUUCCAGCAAAAGAUCACCGACUAUUCUCGCAUCACAAAUAUCGAGGAUGAAAUCCCUAUUGUUCCCGGUGCGUUUUUCUAG